GUUGUUUUGGUUCUUGGGGCGGAGAGAAAGUUCAUCCAAAACAUCGAGGAAAAUGGAACGAAAAGAUCAGUAGAACCUCUAUCACAUUAAAGAAGAGUUACAAGCAAAUGUAACCCAUCGCAACCCAGUGAUUUCACCGUAUUCUGUUGCCGGUGUUUUUGAAAUUUUAGUCUCUUAGUAAAAUACUAUCUGUCCUAUUUCAUCCCGAGUUUUGUGAAGUUUCAUACGUCAAAAGUGUUCAUCUAUCUUGUUUAAAUUCUAGAUUUUUCGACAUUCUGUAUAAACGAAACUACCAAAAUGGAAAUUGAUCGAAAAUUUGUUAAUGUCUUAAUCCUGGGAGUGGCAUUUAUGCUGAUCUUCACAGCUUUUCAGACUAUGGGAAACAUUCAGCAAACGGUAAUCAAGAGCAUAACUCAAGAGGAUCCUAGUUUCAUUGCGGAUGGUUUCACUAGUCUUGCCAUCAUCUACGCUGUGCUUUCCAUAUCGAACUGGAUCUCUCCAUCGAUUAUCUCUGUCAUUGGACCAAAGUGGUCGAUGAUUGUUGGAGGUUUCUUUUACUCGCUUUACAUAGGCAGUUUCUUUCUUCAGCAGAGUUGGGCGUUGUACACCUGUUCAGCUCUCCUCGGAUUCGGAGCGGCUCUUAUAUGGACAGGUCAAGGAAACUAUUUAACUCUGAAUUCCGAUGGGAACAACAUUUCAAGAAAUUCUGGCGUGUUUUGGGCCGUAUUCCAAUGCAGUUUUCUCUUUGGCAACUUGUUUGUCUUCUUUUUGUUUCAAGGAAGAGAACAAAUUGACCAGCACACGCGCACAAUUUUGUACGGCGUUUUACUAGUUGUUGGAUUCCUGGGUCUUGUCAUGCUUGUCAUUUUGCCUGCGAUGAAAGAUUCUGACGCUUCCCGAAAUAUUCCUAAAUCCGGAGAUGGAGUUGUUUCCACUCGAGGAGCGCAAGCACCUCAAGGCCCAUUGGAUGCAUUUUUAAGAUCUAUCAAACUCUUCUUUACGAAGGACAUGGGUCUACUCUCUGUAGCAUUCUUUUAUAUUGGUAUCGAAUAUUCCUUUUUAAGCGGCGUCUAUAGCCCCAGUAUUGGAUUCACGCUGGAGUUUGAAGACAGCAAACGGUUGGUGGGUUUAUCCGGUAUUUUUAUUGGUGUUGGUGAAAUCGCAGGUGGAGCUCUAUUUGGAAUUCUAGGCUCGAAAACUGUUCGAUACGGUCGUGAUCCCAUUAUUCUGACUGGAUUUCUAACUCAGGCCCUCGGCUUUUUCCUAAUCUUCCUUAACAUUCCAAAUAACGCUCCGUUUGGGGAUACCACUGAUACUGGUUUCAUUACAAGCAGUCCAUUUGUAGCUAUUUUCAGCAGUUUUUUGGUAGCCUUUGGUGAUGCUUGUUUCAAUACGCAAGUCUACAGUAUCCUUGGUGGUAUUUAUCCGAACGACAGCGCACCAGCUUUUGCUCUCUUUAAGUUUGUUUCGUCUUUGGCAUCUGCCGCAAGCUUCUUCUACAGUCCAUACAUUGGAAUCCACCCACAGUUAAUAAUCAUUGGAAUUCUUCUACUAGCUGGAACGGUCUGUUUCUGGCUUGUCGAAUGGCGAAGUGUUUACAAACGAGCUCACCUGAUAGAGACAAGUAAUCCCGACUCCGCAGUGGAUAAGGAUUUUGAUUGAUUUGGAAUUCAUUAUUUAUGUUCUGGGCAUACAUUCUAUUACAAAACGGGCGAGGGUAACUAUAUAGACGAAAUAUUUUUGUAAAAUAACUUGAUCAUUCAUUUAAUUAUUAAUUCAAACUUUUGUGCUAUUC